UUCUCUCUUUCUCUCUUUCUCUCUCUCUCAAAAAUUUGAGCUUCCCCUGAAUAACAAACUCCCCUACACUUGUCCCCAUUUUCUUGGCUUCUUGAGAAAAAGAAAAACCAGAAACAGAGAAGUUCAUGCCAUAGUUAGUUUUCCUUCCUUGGAUCGCACCCCAUUAACCCCUCUCCCUCUCCCCCUCUCCGCAUUCGGGUGCUGCUCUGUUUCCCCCCGGGAAGAAAGAAAGGAAGAAAGAAAUCUCUCCCUUUUCCAGUUCUUCCCCUGUUCCAGCACCAUCAUCAUCUUCUUCUUCUUCUUGCAUUAGGGGUGUAGGGAAACUCUGGUUUUGAUGAACUGUUGAUGUCCUUGGCUGUUGGAGCAAUGGGGCACGACGACAACAAGGGCGCCGAGAAGACAGAGCAGCAGCCCGCUGGAACGAAGACACCCACAAACGCCGAGGAGGAAGAGGAGCACAAGAUCCACCGGUCCCCGAGCGAGAGCUCCAUCUAUGCCACCGAGGAAGAGGAUGAUGAAGAUGGGGGCGGGAAGAAGAUCGAUUUGGGACCCCAGUGCACUCUCAAGGAACAUUUCGAGAAGGAUAAGGAUGAUGAAAGCUUAAGGAGAUGGAAGGAACAGCUUCUGGGCAGUGUGGACUUCUCAUCUGUUGGAGAAACUCUGGAACCCGAAGUGAAGUUCUUGAGCUUGGCAAUACUGUCGCCGGGAAGGUCCGACAUUGUUCUUUCGAUACCUGAGAAUGGGAAGCCCAAAGGCCUAUGGUUCACUUUAAAGGAAGGCAGCCGCUACAACCUCAAGUUCUCCUUUCAGGUCAAAAACAACAUUGUCUCUGGUCUCAAAUACACCAACACUGUGUGGAAGACUGGUGUAAAAGUGGACAGCUCGAAAGAGAUGGUCGGCACCUUCAGCCCACAGUCAGAGCCCUACACACAUGUGAUGCCAGAGGAGACGACACCUUCCGGAAUGUUUGCUCGAGGAUCUUACUCUGCUAGAACCAAGUUCGUUGACGAUGAUAACAAGUGCUACUUGGAGAUCAACUACACCUUUGACAUCCGGAAAGAGUGGCCGGCGGACCAAUAAUCUCUCUGCCUCCAGUCUUGAUUUUCCUUUGCCUGCAACUGUUCUUCGAACUUGAGAGAUCCUGCAAUCUCCUAUGUCAUGUGUAAUCUACUACUUGUCCAUGACUGUUGCUUUAAACAAUAAAUGGAAGAAUGUUAAUUGAAAAGAAGGGAAGAGAAAGAUGAACUAGGAGCUGAACUUGAUCUACUAUUACAUUUUAGCAUGUUUUGCUUUCGGGAUCGCUUUUGUUAGUGUUGCUUGUUAGUGACUGAGUUUGGUCUAUCUGCAUUGUCUCCUCUUUUUCCUGUCUGUCUGAUGUUCUCUAGUGUGACUUUUGGACCUCUAAUGUACGCACGUAUUAAUCUAGAAAGUUGCGAGAAUGCCUUCUUCUCUA